AUGAAGAUCUCCUCUGCAAUCAUUGUCUCCGCACUCGCGGCUACCGCUACUGCCUUUGACAAGUGGCAGCCAUGGGGUAAACGUGAUUACCCCUGCCUAAACGUUUGGCAGGGUAUUCCGGAUAACGCAACCCUAACCGAGGGACAGACGGUUCACCUUCGCUUCAACCGGAAACCAACAACACACUGCUCCGAUGCAUUGACCAAGUACCCUGCCAGCGGAUAUGGGGUGUGGCUAUAUAACAACCCCGUUCGUCAUCUGGAUACUAUCAACUAUGCGGCUUCUGUCAAGAUUGAACAAAGUGUUAAGGUUACCAAUGGUCUUAUUGAGGUGAAGAUUCCUGCUUCUCUGCCCAAGGUAGAGGAUGGAACUGUUUGGUAUUUGCGUUUGGAUACUUCUCUUGAUACUGCUCCUCAGAUGCCUACUUUGUUCAAUGCCGCUGGUCCUUUCAGUAUUACCGCUUAG